CUCUCCUCAGUACUCUACUUCGUACAUGAUGUAUGGACAGUAUGGUGUGUGCACGGUAUAGCAGGCAUUCCCCACGGCCGUGCAUGGUAUUGACAGCGGCCAUUACCUGCGAAGAGGCCCCGUGACGGAGAGAUACCAAAAUACCUGCAGCAAUCGACCAAAUGGACGUCCCCGUGAUGGUUCUUUGUCUGCAAGGACCUUUGAGACAAAGAGUCGUCGAAGGAGAUGUUUCGAUGGAGUUGGGCAGGGCAUAGAGCGGUCCAUGUUGUUGUAGGCCAAAGGGCCAAGCCUGAGCAAGCCACCUACCGCACUCAAGCUUUCCAAAAAUACGCCAAGAUAUGACGUCCUCUUCCCUGCGAGGUCGCGUCCCAUCAGUCGAGUCGAGUCCACACCAGGCUGAAAGAUACGAAAAGAUAGCCGCGUUUCCCUCACAAAUCGAGCCCAACACCGUCACGUCGCUCGUCUGACACCACUCACGAGUCGCCGACCAACAGCAAACACCAAACAUUACGCACAUAAUGAUUACUCGGCCUGUCGCGAGGCUGCUGAUAGUCUCCAUUGCGAGAAACAUCCCCCUGGUCUUUCCCAUACCCCGCCACUUUUCCAGCACUAAAGCGAACAAGGAGAAGAACAGGAUAUACAAUCCGUAGGUCAUGCGAUUGGAACACGACAAUGACAACCAACAGUCAUAUACACUAACUGAUUAUCCUUCACAGGGUUCGCCGACCCGAUGAUUUCCAAUCCUACCUCCUCAUGUCCACCUCCUCUCGAAACCCUCUCUUAACCUAUGUCAGUACCCACAAACACCCUCGAAUACCCCUCCUUCGAUCCCUUGAACAAGUUUGCGGCAAGGCAAUAUAUUUUUAAUCAACCCAAUUUGGAUACUAUAGUCUCAAGAAGCUUAAGGAUAGAAGCAUAAACAUUGCUUAAUCUAUUCUGAAAUACUCCACCCCAGGAUUUCCCCUACGGUCAUAGGGUUGAAACGUUCUGGAACAUAGUAUACAAAUUGGGCUGUAUCGAGUAAACAAACACCACAACCACACAACCUCAAACCUGCAUUCGUCACGCAACCACUAACUCCAACUCAGUGGACAGCCUCCUAUUGUAACACCUGCCGCACAGUCGCCCCCUUGAUCCACGACCUCAUAGAAUCCGGCGUCGGCGAGGAAGAAGGCGGAGUCUCCUUCUGCGAAGUGGAAUAUGAUGCUCCAGAUAUCAUGUCGAGUGGUUUUGGCAUGACAUACAUGAUCACCUCGAUGCCCACACUCCUCAGCUUCGACCGGGGAGAGGCACAAACCGACACGAAACUUGUUGAUCCGAGGAAACUACGAGAUACUGCAUUUAUGAAGGAAUGGAUCAGGAAUGAAGCGAGGAGGAGAGGUGGUGGAUCAGGGGGGAAUGGCGUUCCUGCUAGUGGGGCGGGAUUGUUUGGAGGGUUAUUUGGGUCUUCGAAGUAG